AAAUUCCCACCAAUAGCGCCGUACCUUACCGGCGUUCUAUGUGCAGCGUGGACGGAGAGAAUCGGGGAGGGUGAGACAAAAAGGACAGAGUUGGUCCAUCGGCGGAGUUGGAGGAAGGAGGUCUGUUGAGGGUGAAUAACAUCAGUGUAGUUACGCCAACGUUUGAGAUCAUGGCGGAGACCGAGAUCGGUUCUGAAGAACCAGUUCCAACAAAGAAAAAGGAAGUCCUCGCUCAAAGAGUGCUGGGGACAGUAAAAUGGUUCAAUGUAAAGAACGGAUAUGGAUUUAUUAAUAGGAACGAUACAAAGGAAGAUAUUUUUGUUCACCAGACGGCAAUAACGAAGAACAAUCCGCAAAAAGUUGUGCGCAGUGUGGGAGAGGGUGAAACUGUUGAGUUUGAUGUUGUUGUUGGUGAGAAGGGCAACGAGGCAGCCAAUGUAACAGGGCCCGAAGGAGCUCCGGUAAAAGGCAGCCCGUAUGCUGCGGAUCGCAGAAGAGGGAGAUAUCGAGGUCGAUGGACGGCCCAACGGAGAAGGCCUCAACCAAGGCAAUCUGGAGGGGACCAGGAAGAUAGUGAAGGGCAGGAACAACCAGGGGAUGAGGACUCUGGCCGCCCUCCACGACGGGCCCCUCCACGUAGGCCCUUCUACCGUAGGUACUUCCGCCGGCCUCGGGGCAUUCCUCGUAGUGCGGGUGGUGGAGCAGACAGGGGACAGGGAGAGGAGGGCUUUGGACAAGACGACGAAGAUGGGGAGAUGUCUGGCGGGGGCAGGCCUCAUCAACGUGAAGGGGGGUCAAACAGACGACCAAUGCCCCGCAGGUUCGCUGGGCGGUACUUCAGGCGUCGGCCGCGCCGCCCACGGAGCGACACCGAAGGAAGUCAGAGCGGCUUGGAUGGUGAGGCCAAGGAGAGUGAUGGUGGAGGGGUGACUGAGCGUGGUGCUGAGCGUGGUGGGCAGACGGGAGGCCAGAGGAGGAGGCCCCCCUACCGACCUCGUCCACGUAGGAGAGGGCCACGCACCAAUUCCCAGGAGGACGACUGCGGCCAGCUGGACGCGGAGGACAAGCCCCGGGAGAAGUCGCGAGACAAGUCCCCCAAGCGGGGCGGUGGCCAGGCUGAGGCUUCUGGUGGUGAUAAAGGUUCAGACGCUAAGGCACAGGCUGACAAGCCUGCUGCCUCGAAUGAGUCAAGCAGCAACGAUGCAGCCCCUGUGACGUCCCCAGAGUCCUCACCUCUAGAGGGCACUGUGUCUGCUUGAGCCAGGAGCUUGGAUUGAGGAUUUUGAAAAUUGCGAGCUACACUUCCCCCUCCCACCACCCAAGGAACGUGCAAAAAACAUGAGGCAAACCAGAAAUAUGAAAACACGUGACAUCUUUGUGUGUGUUUAGUCAACUAAAAGCAUAGAGAGAGAGAGAGCAAAAAAGAGAAGUGGAAAGAACGGGAGUCCAUUUUUGUCAUCCGAGCCUUAGGGUACACUUGCUAACACCAGCCGCAGUUUGUUUUUUGUGUCUACUAAAGAAAGAGGAAGUGUGUCCGCAACGCCUCUGCUGCAGUUUCUGUCGCGCUAACAUCUGACGUGCACAUGUUUUUGUGAACAUCCGCAAAAUACGGCACCCCCCACCAAAACACCAUGCUCAUGUCCUGUGAAAGAUCUGAAAAUUAUCAGGGCAAAAAAAAAAAAAAGUUGCCACCAUGCCAAUAUUUGUUUGGUUAAUCUUUGCCAAAGUUGUGGCCCCCCUUUUCUUUUUCUGCCCCCUCUGUGAUGUUCGAGCAGCUCUGUUUCACUUUUUUUUUUCUAUGUUGUUUGGACGGGGCUUUCUUUCCCCCUUUUUGGCAUGAAUUUGGAUUUAUAUACACGUUGAACGUGGAUUGAUUGGAGCUGCUGGCAGAUGCUUGUUUCUCCUCAGAGGAGCUAUGGUUUAAAUAGGAAGCAACACUUUUGGAAGCCUUUUUGACUGGUGGCAUUAGACUUUGUACAGGUAUAAAGUUUCUAAAACAUGUGCAGUUGCAAUAAAAUAAAAUUUCCCUA